UAUCACAUUCACAAACAUAUUCACAUAGUAUCCUAAUGGCAGCGCAAGCAGUUGAAAGCAUUGGCGACCAAACGAGCCAGCGGCAAAAUAUCAAUCUACCAGGAACCAAAGAAGAGGUGCGGAGGAAAAAGAAAAUGACAGCCGACAAUCAGCGGGUUCGCAAUCACAUUCAAUUGUGAGUGAGACUGCCAUUGGGCUAACACCAGCAUAAAAGUCUUCGAGUAGGACUGCUUCAAGUGGUCGUACGAUAGUGUCGCAGAGAUCGACUCAUCGAUGGCCGGCCAAGAGUACCUGCAAUCACUUCUGCGGACGCACCGGUACGACAUCGACGACCUUUUGCAGGUGCCUGUGGGCAUGGACAAGACGGUCUGGCUGUACGAGCACAUGCGGCAAAUCUGCAUAGAGCUUGGCUGGUACAUAGUGGAGAUGCACCGGGAGUGCACCGAGACCGGCUGCCCGAUGAUGCGGGCUAACGAAGACACCUAUUUCUGCGCCGGGCAUGGGCACCCGAAGCCAUGCAGCGCGAUCGGGUAUUCUGUGCACACGGUGAACUAUGCGAUCGGGCAGCUGAACAACCAGGGGUCGUUUCCGAGCCGGCUGUAUGUGCCCGAGACGUCGAUGAAGCAUUUCCAGAGCAUGGCCAGAAGGAUAUAUCGGAUUUUUGCCCACGCGUAUUUCCACCACCGCGAGAUCUUUGAGGUGCAGGAGAAUGCGACGUUUCUGUAUGCAAGGUUCGUCAAGCUGGCCAGGAAGUAUGAAUUGUCGCCGGAAUCGCUGAUCAUUAUUCCUGAGCUGCCAACGACGAUUUCAGCUGACGAUGCAGAUUUUUGAGGGAGGGGGUUUG